CAUUUCCAGCAUUCAGAUCCAUCCCCAAAUAUCCCUCUCUCUACAUCGCGCAGCGAAGAAGGCGACGAUUAUGGCUUUGAGGGCAUUCUACAACGAGAUGAAGGGGUUGAAGGUGAAAGAAGUGCCCGCGCACCUCAAGCCUUAUUUCUCCGUGAAAUACAUGAAGCAAUCCUUCAAUCGUGCCGUCGACAAUUACAUCGACAAAUACAUCGAGACCAAUUCCAUCCAGCCUCUGUAUCACGUCUGCUUCGGCGGAAUGGCUCUAUCCUACCUUAUCGCCCUCCCCGAGGAGCGCCGCCACCUCGAGCACCAAAAGGCCGCCGGCCACCACUGAUCCCGAUCAACCAAAGGUGUGGGCGCUGCUUUAUUUCCUGUGGGAAGUUUCUUGGUUGUAUUUUCCUAGUUAUACUUGAACCUUUGCGAGCACAACAAACUUGUGCAAAUAAUUCUGUUUCUGAGAAUCAUAUUGUUGAAUUUGGGAUUGAGCUUACUCUUUUGGCAUGAGCGUUGUUUCUAAUUGCCAAUAAGCUUUGUUUCUUUUUGCUACUUGCAUUGAACCCGUCCAUUGUAACGGUUUAAAAUGAUAUCGUGUCUUAGAAUA